GAACCAGACCACGUAGCGGCAAACGGUCUUCACUCCCAUACGCGGAAAGGACAGUGCUUUAACCUACCCAAAGACACUCAACGGCGGCGGCGCAUGCGCAAUGGCGGAUUCCAAGAGGAAGACAUUUAAAACCGCUGUUGCGGCAGAGAGAGUUAGAACACGUGACAUGACGUCACGUCACCCCACCCGCAAGAGGAAAUUCGAUAUAAAUGAGGGGGAACCAGUUAAAUCCCCUCCAGCGGGUGGAAAAUCGACUGCCGGUGGCCCAACAGCCACCGGAACCAAAUUGGCAGGCUCGAAUACCGUUUCUCCAAUACCAGGGCCCAGUAAUACGGUGACCCUGCAGCCUGCCAAUGCAGCACCAUACAGGUGUCAAAUAUGCGAGAGGCCCUAUGAGACAAAAAGUGGCCUCAACAAACAUCUCCUAACAUGUGGCAAGCGCGAUCGAACUAAAUGCCAAUAUUGCAAAGCAGGUUUUACUACAUACACAGGGGUGCGGCUUCACGAGCAGAGGGCACACCCCGAAGCAGAAAACGACAGCAGGAGGAGGGAACUACGAAGGCCUGAUUCCGAAAUCUAUGAUAUACUGGCAAACAUCGAGAUCCAGUCACAUAAAGGCCCUUUAUGGCGAAAAUGGUUGCCGAAUCAGCAAUACCUCGAUGCCGCUAGGAAGAAACAGCAACCAAUCCCUUCUCCCAGUGUGCCCUGUGAGCCGCCCACCUGCCCAACGAACGAGAAGAUCGACCAUCAGGCAGCGACAUCGACGCCACCAACAGCUCGCGACGAUGUAAAAGAGGGUGAGUGCUCCUCCGCGGUUGCGUCCGCACUAUCGCCAAUCACUCCAGAUCCGAUGACAAGCAGGAAGAGGAUUCGGAAUGAAUCGAUGUCGCCUCUGUCGCAGCCUACAGUAAGGAGACCCCGCACCGAUGCAGUCAACCUCACCGCCAACUCCCCCGCACAGGUCGAACAAACCCAGGUGGUCAUUGAACCAGCGCUGCGCGAAUACCUCGCGUCUGAACGCGAAGCAGCGCUGGCCAAUGGGAACGGCCAUCUGGCGGACCUGUGCCAGGCAGGAUCAUCGCUUGCGGUUAAUGAUCUUGCCUCCUAUCUAGACAAUUGGAUAAUAGAACAUUUCCAAAAAGGGGGAAGGAAAUACAACCCAAAUGGUCACAGAGGUGGACCAAAAUCAAAUUACGGAGGUACUAGACCAGGAAGAGGUCCACGGGUAGAAUCAUACAAAAAGGCCCAGGAUCUCUACCUCCGUAACAGAUCAGCUCUAGUGGAUAAAAUCAUUUCAGGAACUCCACUAGACUCUACUGAAGAGGUACCACCUCUAAAAGCGGUUGAGGAGCUGUAUAGCGGGAUCUUCGAGCGGGCUGCGACGGAGACGAUGACGGUUCAUCCCGAACCACGAAACACCGAUGCCACCACUUUCGCUCCAUUCGAAGAAAGCGAACUAGAGGCAGCCAAAACAGCAUGGGCUAACUCAGCACCUGGUGCUGACGGGAUAACGGUGGCAUCGGUUAAAAAUACGAACAACAGGGUGCUAUGUGUUUUAUAUUCAAUAAUCCUUAUGAGAAACGUGCACCCUGCCAUCUUCCUGCGGUCUAGGACCACAAUUAUAUAUAAAGACGGCCAACGGAGCGAGGCGGCGAAUUGGAGGCCCCUUACUAUCGGGAGUGCCCUCCAGCGACUGAUGCACAGGGCGAUGGCUAACCGCUUGCGGAAGGUCGUCGCCCUGGAAGCCAAUCAACGCGGAUUUAGUACGCUGGACGGCACUCUCGCGAAUUGUAUGAUUCUACACUCAUACAUUCGGAAUAGGGUGUCCUCCAAUAAAGUACGCGGUCGCUUCACUCGAUUUGCGGAAGGCCUUUGA